UAAAUCUCUGCAAGAGUGCAGAAAAUGUGAUGUAGUAGUUGAACCAGGGGUUGAAGUGAUACUCUCACGCAUAUAGAUCGAGUAUAUACAUACUAUAUGCACCCUUAUCUGUUAGUGAUAGAUUAAAAGAUUCUCUGAGAAUUUAUAGAGCAUUUGAAAAAAACAUUUGAAGUUCUACUUGUAAUUUUUAUAUCUUAUAUUACUAAAUAAUAUAUUAUUAUAUUGUUUCAUCGUGUCUUGUAACAGAUCGGUGCAGCCUUACCACGCAGCAGCGUGUGCAGCAGCAGCAGCAGCAGCCUGUCCUCUUUUCUCCGUUACUAGCAUCCUUAGUGGAGGGGUGAGAUUGGUGGCAUUUCAGUGACGUCAGAGUCGAUCGUCAGGCGCAACUGAGGGUUUGCGCCCAUCAUACUACGUCAGAAUGACGAGCCGAUAAACUAUCCAUCAGGGUUUUCUGCGGCGGGCGGGCCAACGGUCUUAGGGUAAACAUUCUUUCCGAUCGUUUUAAUUAGUCGUGGCCGCCGUUGGUUUGGCCGACGAUGGCGAACUCGGCGGGGACAACAGUUGACGGUAUCGACGUCGGUGAGAAUGAUGGUACAACAGGAGUAACUGGUGGCGGUCCAAGGAAUCCUCUCAUCUGCGGCGUCUGUCAUGACUAUUAUAACGAGCCUUGCCUGCUAUCCUGCUUUCACACCUUUUGUGCCCGCUGCAUUCGUGGCCCUCAUCUUGAGGGAAAAGUCUCCUGUCCUAUCUGCGGGCAACAGACACAACUAAAAGAUGGAGCACAACUACCACCGCCCGAUCAGCUGAUACGUCAGUUAGUUGAAUUGGCAAAUUCUGAAAAUCCACCUUGUGCCAAUUGUGAUAAGCGUGACAAAUCUACUAUGUUUUUCUGUACAACAUGUGGACAAGCAUUGUGUACACACUGUAGGGAGCAUACCCACCGAGCAAAGAUGUUCUCUACCCAUGAAGUGCUGCAUAUGAGCAAAUGCGCCAAGGAUACCCAACGUCGUUGCCCUACCCAUGGAGAACAAUAUAUAAUGUACAGUCAAAGUGCCAAAUGCAUGCUGUGCGCUACUUGUUUUCGCGAUACUCCUGCAGAUGCGAGACUUCAUUGCGUUGAUAUCGAAACUGCCUGGCAACAGGCAUCAAAGAAGAUGGAACGAGCUGUUAAUUCUAUCUGCGAACUACAAGCUGGUGUGCGGGAUGGAGUAUUGGCUUUAAAAUCACAAUUGGAUGAACUACGACAUAGUUUGGAUUCCGAAAAGAGAACAUUGAAUUCUUUCUGUCAGGGAAUGCAAGAAGCUAUAACAAAAACACAUGGAAGUGCUUUAACGGAGUUACAACGACAGUUUGAAACGAAGGAGAGGAUGGUUCGCAGUCAAUUGUUAUCACUAGGUAGCGCACUACCUGUACUGCAGAUGCAUUUAAUGCUGUGCACCGCCUUCACAAGCGGUGCCACGAAAUAUCAAUUUCUCGAGCUAGCCCAUCCAAUGUUAGACCGGCUUAGUCGAGUCGCACAAUUAGGAUAUCCAUCGAGGCCACCUUUGCUGACCGCGCAUUUGAAGACUAAUUAUAAGAAUGAAUUUGCUCGUGCACUACAACCAUAUGUGGGUCAAGCACAGACUCCGAAAGAAUCAUUAUAUGAUCAAACUCACACGAUGACUCAGCAGGAUCCGCCAGUGAUUCAGCAGAGCAGCAAAUCUGCUCAGAGGAUUCCGACCAAGAGUGGGACCGACGGUGGACCGUUUUCCAAUCACUGCCGAACAUUUGAUACUCAGUUAAAGGAAUUGAAUCAACAGUUGCUCACAGUGAAGGAACGUUUAGGGGAAUUGCAUCGCGACGUAGCACUUUUGAGAAGAGCCAACACACCUCCGUUAGGCACACGUUACGAACAAGUGGCAAGAGAUUGUCGAGUAUUAGAGCAACAAUUAGAGCAUUAUCAAAUGGAACUAGAACGUCUUAGAAAUGUGUUUGAUGCGCUUUGGGAUGAACAGAUAUGUAGAAUUCACAUAGAAAAAGAAAUAUUCCAUUCACAGAUGAAUGAUAUUCUAUCAUUGAGAAGUCAGGUAAAACAAUUGCAAAAUCUUGCUCAACAAUUAGAACCAUUUAUAAAAUCCUUUGCAACUGGAGUGAGUGCUGGUGAAGUAAGCAUGACAGCUUCUGAUGUAGCCAGUAAUCAGCAUUUACAGGCGUUAUUGGAUCACUUGGCACGAUUACAAAUGCAGGAACCCCCGCAACCACAAACUCAAGCUCCAACUAAGGAUCAUCGACAUUCGCGCACUACUGCUACCAGUGCUGAUAAUGCACUUUACAUGAAAGAAACCAAAGAGGUACCGACACGUUGUCGUACUCCUUCCGGUGGUGUCGAAGCUGUUUUGGAUUCGAGUGGAAAUAUCGUUGUUUAUGGAACAGCCAAGUCUACAGAUCCCAAAAGAGGAGUGCUUAGUCAGUUGAUUGAAAAAGCUAGAAGUAAAGAAGAUCGUAAAAAGUCACCAGGGAGAGAGGAAAGUCGCGAUCGUAGUCAGAGUCGACGACCAAGAAAAUCUCCCGAUAGUACAAAACCAAAGACACCGCCUGGUCACUGGUCUGCCAGCAAAGUACGUUCUUUGUAUCGAUCAUUGAAGGGUGGCAGCGGAGACAAUUCUGCCGAAGGACUUGAUCAAACGGAAAGAUGUACGGAUUCCCAGCAACCACAGUCGCAUACGGCUGGCGAAGAAGGAGAAUAUCAACGAAUUUCGGAGGCAUCCAGCACUGGAGAGGCAAAAAAACGCGUUCAGGCUCAAGUACAUGCAGUUCCUGACGAACAAUCAAUUUCUGCAGGCAAAGGAACCAAAGUGUAUCCAGCCAGUGAUUCGGAGGAUGUAUUCUAUGCGGAUGAAAAGACAGAAAUAAGGAGACGUCGUCGUGCAAGUUGCGACAGCCUAAGUACCACUGGCUCAGGAAGCAGGCGGUCGAGCAUCAUUGAUGGGACGGUAGGUCAAUCCGCGCAGGAUCCCAGGAAAACAAUGGUUCUUUUGAUCGGAUCUACACCGAAGUCAUCGUCUCUGGUGCAGAAGCAGCGUUCCUGGGAAACAUUUCCGCGGCCAAAAAGCAAACGCAGCGUAACGACUACUGAGGGUGGAGCUUCGUCUCUUAGCCAAUUGAAGAAAACAGAUAGUUUCGAGGGACACGAGGAAACGGUGAGGACGCUGGUGGCAGCCGUGCAGGAAACGAGAUCGCAUCUACAUCAUCGUCAUAUGCACCAUCAUCGCCAUCACCGGAAGAGCAAGACAAAUUAAUUACAACUGAUUGUUGAUCAAUCUUGUUCGAGGAAGAUCCGCGAUGAAGGUUACAAGGAGUUUUUUUCAAGAGGUAUCCAGCCCGGAUGGUCAAAGUGCGGAAGUAGAUUUUAAGUAGAAAGAAAAUUAAAUCGAAAUAAAAGUAUUUAUUAGACUGUUUUGGUAGUUUGAUUUGCAUUUGGCUAUCCGGGAGAGUUAAUACCCUCCAAAAUAAUGCCUAGCAUACAUCGGAGAAAGUACUAUCGAAAGACUGUAUGUUUACGAUGGCACAUUAUUAUUGGUAGGAAAAAAUAUUGUUAUGCAAAAUGGUACUACAAAAAUUUUUUUUUCCAAAUAUUUUGAACGUUUUAUUAGAGAUGUUAUAAUAAUAAAAAAAAAAAAAAAAUAGAAAGGGCAUUUCGUGUAAUGUAUAUAAUACUAAAUGAAAAUAAUUUUACGAAUUAGAAAUCAUUUAUCGCUAUAAACUGCCAUUGAAAGCACCUUCGACAAGUGCAUAUUUUUACUUUUAUGAAAUAUUGUAACUUUUUCGAAUUUUAUUUUUGGGUUUGGACCAAGAACUGUUUUUAAUAUUUUUUAUAUAAUCAUCUCGUAUAAUUGCUCGGGUAAUUUUUACUCCCAUGUAUGUCUAGUCAGAGUUGUUUCAGGGUCAACCAGCCUUCAACGUAGAGCAGUCCUCAAUUUUUUAUUGAACAGUAUUUUGAUUGCACUUUGAAGCGCCGAAGGUCAUAAUAUGCUGCCAAUAGUAAAAUAAAAACAAUACAUUAUGUAUACAUAUAUAUAAAAAAAAAAAAAUUAAAAUUGAUAAAUGGUACUCUUGUUGUUGAUGCAAUCUUUACAUGGUGCAUAAAACAUUCAGAGACUCGAAUUAGGAUUAGAGAGACAUCGAUAAAUUAUAUGUGGUAUACACGAAGUUAGGAUUUAAUUAAUACUAUUAUUGGUAUUACUAUUACUAUUAAUAUUAUUAUUAUUAUGAAAAAGAAUAAAAAGAUAAACAAGAAGGAAAAAAAUUAAAAAAUGGAGAAAUAAUUUUCCAUGCUGCUCAAAUCGCGCGUUUUCUUUAAUUUGGAUUUGGAAUUGGAUUAAAAAUAAUAAAUUUUAUAAAUUGUUCAAAAUUGAUUCAUAAAAAUUAGAAUUUAUAUAUAAUAAAUUCAAAGUACUUUAUACAAUAUAUACCAAAUCUCUAUAGUUUAACGAUGAACAGAUCAUCGAUUAUAUAUAAGAGAUUAAAGUAACCAGUACUUUAUCUUGAUAAGAAAAAUAGCCUAAUUACAAGUGUAUUUGUAAUUUGCCAAAUGCACAAGAAUUCACCGUCUAUUCCACAAUAUGCUCUAAUUGCAUAGGUGCAUUAAAUGUUUUUACAAUUACACACAUAUAUAUAUAUAUAUAAAAUGUUUGAGGUAAUUGUAUUACGAAAAAUAUACAGCUUAUACUAUGAAAAACGAAAGUUUUUCAUAGGAAUUAAAUAAAUCGUUUAAAGGAUUAAAAAGAUAUCAUGAUCUUUAUAUAGAUCAUGAAUUACAAUUAUAGUACAUGUACACGA